AUGGAUCUCGUCUCCAUCGCAGACAUCCAGGCUGCCGCCCAACGCAUCGGCCCGCACGUCGUCCGCACGCCCCUCUUGACAAAUGGGGCCAUCGACGACAUCGUGUCGCAAGCCUUGUCACCACCCGAUGCGCCGCGGCUCAAGAUCAGAAUGGCUUUCAAAGCGGAGCAUCUUCAGGUCGUGGGAGCCUUCAAGUCGAGAGGAGCUGCCAAUGCCAUACAGUUGAAGCUCAAGGAAUCGAAGGAGAGCAAUUCGCGCUUCGAACCAAAACGACUCUGCGUCUUGACGCAUUCGAGUGGCAACCAUGGAGCUGCCCUGGCCUGUCAGGCAAAAAACGCCGGAGUGCAGGCACUCGUCGUCAUGCCAGAGGACGCACCCAAGGUGAAGAAGCAAAACGUCGCAUCGUACGGCGCUCGCAUCAUGUACUGCAAGCCGACGCAGGACGCUCGAGAGGCAAUGGCAGCGGAGGCUCGCGCGCAGUUGGAGAAGGAGGGCCUGGUCGUCGAGUUCAUUCCUCCUUAUGAUGAUCCGGCCAUCAUUGCGGGGCAGGGCACGAUGGGCAAGGAGAUGAUGGAGCAAGCAGCGGGUCUGGAGACGAGGGCAGGCUGCUCACACGCAGCGCAAGCAGGGCAAUCAUCGUCUGGAGUCAACACAGCUUGGCCCCCGCGACCGCCACACGACGCUCCACCAUUCGACAUCAUCAUCGCACCCGUAGGCGGAGGUGGCAUGCUCAGCGGCGUCGCAACAGCCGUCAAGUCGAUGGAUCCGCGCGUCCUAGUCGUAGGCGCAGAGCCGGCGGGGGCAGACGAUGCUCAGCGAUCCUUUACGACGGGGAUCUUGCAGCCUAGUGUCACUCCGACUCGUACCAUCUGCGAUGGGCUCCUCACCUCGCUGUCACAACGGACGCUCGCCCACAUUGAGGAGCACGUCGACCUCAUUGCGACGGCGCCCGACUCAGCAGUCGUCUGGGCACUCAAUGUCAUCACGGACAAGACUAAGCAGCUCGUCGAGCCCAACGCAGCGAUAGGCCUAGCGACGUUGCUGGACAAUGAGGAAUUGCAGGCCUUGGUCAGGCGGGUGGCAGUGCUUCGCGCAAACGAGGACGACCGCAGCGUGCGGAUAGGAGUUGUCUGGUCGGGUGGGAAUACAACGAUACAGACGCUGGCGAGAUAUCUGUCGCAGUGAGGAGGCGCGCGAGUGGCAGAGCAAAGAGGAGGCUCGCCGUACUGUAGUCAAUACCAAUACCAUUCCUCGCGAUUGAGCU